GGCCCUCUCCCUGGGGAAGUAGGAGUAGCCGGGGGCCCAGCAGGUGUGUGAGUGACACAGAGUGAGAAAGGCUGGGGGGGCCCCUCUCCCUGGGGAAGUAGGAGUAGCCGGGGGCCCAGGAUGUGUGUGAGUGACACAGAGUGAGAAAGGCUGGGGGGCCCCUCUCCCUGGGGAAGUAGGAGUAGCCGGGGGCCCAGCAGGUGAGUGAGAAAGGCUGGGGGGGCCCCUCUCCCUGGGGAAGUAGUAGUAGCUGGGGGCCCAGCAGGUGAGUGAGUCUCAGGCUGAGAAUGAACCCAGAUAGAGGGCCCACCAGCCUAUAUAUCAGAUAACUCAGAGAAGCCCAAUUGGUGCUGGUACCAGAGAAUGAGCCCCUCGGGGCAGUAAUGGUGGCCCCUCGGGGCAGUAAUGGUGCCCCCCACAUAUGAAGGGUACGUGUGGGGUGAGAGCACUGUGCAAGUGUCAGGCCUCACAGACUCUUUCCCUGCUGGGGGGGACCUGGACUCCAUUUUGUUACCUGUAGGUUUGUACUGCUGUGGGUGGGGCACACAGGGACAGCACAAUUCUAUUGGAGAACUUUCCUUCCCAGUCUGGGGUCAGUAGCCAAUCGAAAUAAGGCACGCCUCCAGGCACAAAAAGAGCGGGAAAAGCACAGUUAGUGCCUCUGGUCUGUCUGAAGCACCAACCAACAACAUGGAGGCAGCUCCCCCCGCUGGGACUGAGGCAAAUCCGCCCGUGUCCCCCCCUCCCUGUCACUCACUGGCUGCAGCCGCCUCCUGGGAUUCAGAAUCAGGCAGCGGCGGCCCAGAGAGCCUGACGUCUUUGCUUCGGAAGCUACUGGAAGCUACAGAUCUGGAGCCAAAGCUGGAGGAGCUGCUGACUGACAUAAAGCGAGUGCAAGAAGCGAGAUGCGCACUGAGCCGAGAGCUACAGGAGUGCCGGGAGCAGGGCGAGACAGCCAAGAGGGAGCUGGAGGAAUUAAAGGCAGAGAAGCUCCAGCUCGAGCAAACACUGUACAAAAACCAAGAGACCUUGCAGAAGCUGCAGCUGCAGUGCGAGAGGAAAGGGGCAGAGACCCGCAGACAGAAGGAGCUGUCAGACAGCUGCAAGCAGAGGAUUGGAGAUCUCACCAACCAGAUACAAGAGGAAAAGCUCAAACGCAGAAUGCAGAGGCUGGAAUACGAGAAGCAAGUGGAGGAGCUGAUGGCGAAGCACAAGGACCUCUGGGAGUUGUAUGACAAGAAGAGACUUUCUGUGCAGAUUCCGCUGAUGGAAGAAAGAAAAGUCAAACUGAUCGGAGAAGAGACAGAAGUACAACGGAAGCUGUCACGGCUGCAAGAAGAUGUGGAGAAGCUGCGAAACCAGGGGGUAAAUGUAACUAGUGAGGGUGCCUUCCUGCGCUCCCCACAGGCUAAAGCUGCAAUAAGUCUUUUUGAGGAGGAAAAUAUCCGCUCCAAGCAAAUUCUUGACAAAACCACUGAGCGUCACAGGAGCGCGAAUGAGAUUUAUACCAGGUUGUGCCAGGAGUGGGAGGCAGCCAGGAAGAACAUGUCGGAAGAUUCAGUGGAUCAGAUGGCUUGUGGAGUGGGAGCAGAAGGUGCCCAGAAGGAGCAGGCCGGUGCCUUGCAGGAAGAGCAGCCGUAGCCAUAGGAGGAGGUUUGGGAAUAGGGAGUCUGUAGCAGUUCCGGAAUGUUCUCUAUAAUAUAAUGUUACGUAUGACUGGGGGCCACUCACGGCUGCCAUAUUUGCACGACUUACAGUUGAUUGUGCAGUGAGCGUGGGCUGCUCAGAAGUUCUUUUGGUUUUAACAUGACAUUUCCCAAUAGGCCCUGAGGCUUGAAACAGUUUGUGAAAAAUAAAAACCACACGUUUAACCUGG